CCUCCAGAUCCACCACCCGCUCGCGUUUAUUUGGCAGUUCGCGCUCUCCAUCCUGCGCUUUUGGGAAGUUCCAGUCUGCACAUCCCCGCUGCAACACAACAAUGGAACAGUACCAACGACUCGAGAAAGUAGGAGAAGGCACCUAUGGCGUCGUUUACAAGGCCCGCGACCUGUCCACGCCCGACCAGCGCAUCGUCGCCCUGAAGAAGAUCCGUCUCGAAGCCGAAGAUGAAGGCGUCCCUUCCACUGCCAUUCGCGAGAUCAGUCUGCUAAAGGAGAUGAACGACCCGAAUGUCAUGCGACUGCUCAACAUUGUUCACGCAGAUGGCCACAAACUUUACCUCGUCUUUGAGUUCAUGGACCUGGACCUCAAGAAAUAUAUGGAGGCAUUGCCGGUGAGCCAGGGCGGGCGAGGAAAGCCAUUGGCGGAAGGUGUCCUAUCGGAACAGGGCCACUUGGGACUCGGACCAGACAUGGUCAAGAAGUUCACGUACCAGCUUCUGUCAGGUAUCCGCUACUGCCACUCCCACCGCGUGCUGCACCGAGAUCUCAAGCCACAAAAUCUACUCAUCGACAAGGAGGGGAACCUCAAGAUCGGAGACUUUGGCCUUGCUCGAGCCUUUGGUGUCCCACUCCGCACAUACACACACGAGGUCGUCACCCUCUGGUACCGCUCACCUGAGAUCCUGCUUGGUGGACGCCAAUACAGCACGGGUGUGGAUAUGUGGAGUGUAGGCUGCAUCUUCGCAGAGAUGGCCACUCGCAAGCCCCUCUUUCCUGGUGACUCCGAGAUCGACGAGAUUUUCAAGAUCUUCCGCCUGCUCGGCACGCCUACAGAGCAAGAGUGGCCCGGAGUGACGUCUUUCCCUGACUUCAAAUCCUCUUUCCCGAAGUGGGAGCGCAAGCCUGAUGACGAACUGAUCAAUGCCGACGGCGUCAAGGUUCUGGGCCACGAGGGACUGGAGCUACUGGAUGCACUUCUUGUCUUCGACCCGGCUGGCCGUAUGAGCGCAAAGCAAGCUGUGCACCACCCAUACUUCCAAGAGAGCAGCAAAUCUCAGGCUCGAGCAAAUGGCUAUAGAUGAGAAUGAGAUGGUCAGGAGGAACGAGACAUGAAGUAAUGCAACUACUGGAGAUCAAGGCGUCAAGGGAUUGGGAGAUGGCGGCCAUGACUUUUGAAUGAGUUUCCAUAUGUCGAUUUGCAUGCAUGCUGGAUGGUGUGCGGGAAGGACGCGGCGUUUUGCGUGCAGGCUGCUAUACCACUGAAUGGCUAGGGUGAGGUGACUUCUCAUGAUACAGCAAACGAGCGCGCAAUCAUAAUGCGAUUUCAAGACUGAGCAUCAAGCACCUUCCCAGGUCACAGCUCAGUGGGAGUUGUGCCGUCAUGCGCAGUGGUGUGAUCAGACAGUGCCAUUCGUUCUGUUGCUGGUCUUAGGCACCUUUCGUUUGUGUGUGAGGACUGACACUUGCCAGAGCAUGAGCUCGCUCGGUUCAU